AUGAUAUCUUCAACACAUUGUUGGAGCCCUCAAAAACUUCUUAUGAUGCUUCUUUUUCUCUUAACAUCAUUUUCAUUUCCAACAAGUGCCACAGUUUCUCAGAAGCUAGACCAAACUCCGCUGCCUCAAGAAGCAGAUACAGAAGUAAAGUGCGGUUCAUGCCCUUGUUCCAACCCAUGUGUCCAGCAGCCUCCACUACCGCCACCAUCUCCGCCACCGCCACCGCCACCACCAAGUCCAACUCCAAAUAAUCCAUCCACACCGUAUUGCCCUCCUUUGGCACCACCACCACCAAGAUUCACUUACGUCACAAGUGUGCCUGGUGGAAAUUUGUACAACACUGAUCCAAAUUAUCCAAUAUAUAAUACUUGGGUGUAUCACUCAAGUGCCGAUCGGAAUAUGAUUGUGGAGCUGUUGCUUUUGCUUGGUUUUGGAGUGUUGGAACUUCUAGUGAUUUGGGAGACUCUGAUAUAG